AAGAGAUUAAGCACCGUCCGUAUGACAGGUUGUGCCACGUAAACAGUAAGCAACCAUCGGUCCAAAGAAAAAAAUGUACUGCGAAGAAAUCGACGAUGAGGUCUUUCAAAGUGCAAUCAGAAGAAUCCCUGCAAGUGCAAGACGAAACAGCUGGAUAACUUCUGCCUUAUACGACAUCAGAGAUGACUUAAACAACACUUUGAGAGGAUGUGCUGACAAUGUCACUGUGGAAGUUCACAUGGACGACUAUCUCUAUGAACCUAUCACCAUUCAAAGUGGUUCUGGGGGAAACAAAUUAGCCGUCCAUAUAAGUGAAUGGGGGAAUGUCCAGUAUCGCUGGAUCAGACAAACCUGGGCAAGGCAUUUCAGGAAUGCUUAUGAGACCGUACGGUCGAUUGCCAGGAAAAUAGUGUCCAGUGUUGGCUCGUUUUUUGGCAGGUUGUUUGGAUCAAAUAAAAGCAUUGAAGGGCCAUCUCGUGGCUAUCUGACUUAUUACUAAUUCUCCUCGAUUUUCAGGAUUAAAUUUCAUA